GUCUUUCCCAGGUUUUACGAGAGCUGUCAGCACAAGCGAUGCUGCCAGCCUCGUCGGGAGGAAAGGCAUCAGACGAAGAUGCCGCACUGUCGAAGGUGUGGCUUGAGGAAGCCCGACGUGCAGUCUUCGAUACUGAUGCGGAACAAGACGUUGAGGUUUGCCGUAUCUUCUGGCACCUGCUCGAGCCCUGCUUCAAAGCGGUUCGGCUCGCGAGUGUGAAGGAGGGCUUGGACAGGGCCAUCUAUUUCAGUGGUCUGCCCGAGCCGAAGUGGGCAGACCUGCCCUGGCGCAUGCCACUUCCACCUCGUCCCGGGCAAGACUUUACUUGGCCCUAUCAUUCCUCGCUAAAGCUGUCGCCGUCCACGCCGCGUGAGGUCUUCAAUGCCUUGUCUGCGCAAGCGCUCCUCCAAGAAGGACUGGCUCCUCAGGAAGGUGAACACAGAGGAGGUCUCUGGUGCUCUUUCUGCUGCAAGCCAGUGAAGAGUCUCCAAGAGCACUUGGAUCGCACUUCUCGAGAGGCUCAGGAGCACAUGCGAGCAAAGACCAGCUGUCAAGCGGUGGUGGACAAGCUUCGAGUUGGAGGCUGGCGGCUACGCCGUGAAGGUCUGCAAAUCGUGAAGCAGCGAUUUCAUUGCGGUCUUUGCAACGCAUCGGGAAGCUGGAUGCAAAUCUGGGAUCACCACAGAAGCCAGCACCACCAGAAUGCGUACAUGGCCUUGCAGUCGAGCCGCUCACCUGCCGCACUUCAAGCACACAACAACAGCAAACAGUUCAAGGAGGCAGAAGAAAAAGCCUGGCAAGCUGCAUUCGAUGCCGAUCGCAAUGCAGUUUUAGUUGGGACGCUUCCUUAUUCGCCUUGCCAAAGGCAUGGCUAUACCAGCUCUGUGUGGAGCUCCCGGCUCAAGGAUGGAGGCUUUUGA